UCUGGAGCCUGUAGUACAGCAGCAGUAGCAGUCGGUGGUCACACUCUGCUACUCACUACGUACUACUCUCCACUGUAUCUCUACUAUCCACAAGCUCAACCAGCUCAGCUAGCCCACAGUCUGAGCUGAGCUCAUCUCUAGACACCAGAGUGUGUGCUCUUGUGAGUGUGUGCGUGCGAGAGUCUGUGUGCAUUGCCUCAUCCGAGGCAGCGGUCACCAAUCUUGGAUCUGGAGCUUGCAAGGCUUCCCUCAUCAGGUUAAUUACAAGGUGAUUUAGUUCACCUGAAGUAAGAACUGAAGAUCUAGGCAGCAGCUAGCACCAUCACUUCACUGGCACAACCAAGGUUUUUGAGGGCCAAGCAGAAGAGGCAGGCAGGAAGGCGCCGAAGCACAUGCUGUGGUGUUCUCGGGAGCAACAAGUUUGACGGCUGUGCUUCCAAGAGCUCACUCAUCGGCGCGCGCUUCGCUCGGGUGAACAACCACUAAACAACAAUGGCGCCGCCGAGCACGUGGUGGGGCAGCGAUGAGCAGCGCGGCACGCCAGUGGUGGUGAAGAUGGACAAUCCCUACUCCCUCGUGGAGAUCGAUGGACCCGGCAUGCAGGCGUCCGAGAAGGCCCGCGGCAAGAACGCCAAGCAGUUCACGUGGGUGCUGCUCCUGCGCGCGCACCGCGCCGUCGGGUGCGUGGCGUGGCUCGCCGCGGGCUUCUGGGGCAUCCUCGGCACCGUGAACCGACGCGUGCUCCGCAGCCGCGACGCGGACGCCGAGCCCGACGCCGAGGCCUCCGGGCGCGGGCGGGUCAUGCUGGGGUUCCUGCGGGCAUUCCUGCUGCUCUCCCUCGCCAUGCUCGCCUUCGAGACCGUCGCCUACCUCAAAGGGUGGCAUUUCCCGCAGCACCUGCCUGGGAACCUGCAGGAGCUGGAGGAGCACCUGCAGCACCUGCCGGAGCACCUCCGCCACCUUCCAGAGAACCUGCGACAGCUGCCGGAGCACCUCCGCGUGCCGGAGCGGCGGGAGAUCGAGGGGUGGCUGCACCGGGCCUACGUGGCGUGGCUGGACUUCCGCAUCGACUACAUCGCCUGGGCCAUCCAGAAGCUCUCCUCCUUCUGCAUUGUCCUCUUCAUGGUGCAGUCCGUCGACCGCAUCCUCCUCUGCCUCGGCUGCUUCUGGAUCAAGCUCCGCGGCAUCAAGCCCCGCGCCAGCGUCUCCUCCGCCUCCGGCAAGCCCCGCGGCAGGAAGAACGCCACCUACGUCGAGAGCGGCGACGCCGAUGACGACGCCGACGGCUACUUCCCCAUGGUCCUCGUCCAGAUGCCCAUGUGCAACGAGAAAGAGGUGUACGAGACGUCGAUCUCGCACGUGUGCCAGAUGGACUGGCCGCGGGAUCGGAUGCUGGUCCAGGUGCUGGACGACUCGGACGACGAGGUGUGCCAGAUGCUGAUCAAGGCGGAGGUGACCAAGUGGAGCCAGCGCGGCGUCAACAUCAUCUACCGCCACCGGCUGUCGCGCACCGGGUACAAGGCCGGCAACCUCAAGUCCGCCAUGAGCUGCGACUACGUCCAGGACUACGAGUUCGUCUCCAUCUUCGAUGCUGACUUCCAGCCCAAUCCGGACUUCCUCAAGCUCACCGUACCUCAUUUCAAGGAGAACCCGGAGCUAGGGCUGGUCCAGGCGCGGUGGAGCUUCGUGAACAAGGACGAGAACCUACUGACCCGGCUGCAGAACAUCAACCUGUGCUUCCACUUCGAGGUCGAGCAGCAGGUCAAUGGCGUCUACCUCAACUUCUUCGGCUUCAACGGCACCGCCGGCGUGUGGCGCAUCAAGGCCCUAGAGGACUCGGGCGGCUGGAUGGAGCGCACCACCGUCGAGGACAUGGACAUCGCCGUCCGCGCCCACCUCCACGGCUGGAAGUUCAUCUUCCUCAACGACGUCAAGGUCCUCUGCGAGCUGCCAGAAUCGUACGAGGCUUACCGGAAGCAGCAGCACCGGUGGCACUCCGGGCCCAUGCAGCUCUUCCGCCUCUGCCUCCCGGCCGUCUUCAAGUCCAAGAUCCCGUUCUGGAAGAAGGCGAACCUAGUGAUGCUCUUCUUCCUGCUGCGCAAGCUGGUGCUGCCCUUCUAUUCCUUCACGCUCUUCUGCGUGAUCCUGCCGCUGACCAUGUUCGUGCCGGAGGCGGAGCUGCCCAUCUGGGUCAUCUGCUACAUCCCGGUCAUGAUGUCGGUGCUCAACAUCCUGCCGGCGCCCAAGUCCUUCCCCUUCGUCAUCCCCUACCUCCUCUUCGAGAACACCAUGUCCGUCACCAAGUUCAACGCCAUGGUGUCCGGGCUGUUCCAGCUGGGGAGCUCCUACGAGUGGAUCGUCACCAAGAAGGCCGGCCGUACCUCGUCCGCGUCCGACAUCCUCGCGCUCGCCGAGGCCGACGCCCACGCGCCGCGGCCAGCGGCCAAGCUCGUCCGUGGUGUCUCCGAGGGCGGGCUCCAGGAGUGGGGAAAGCUCAGGGAGCACGAGGCCGCCGAGUGGGCCAACAAGGACGACGCCGCAGCAGCGCUGGCCGCUGCGCCGGCGACGCCCACCGCCUCCAAGAAGAGCAAGGACAAGAAGCCGAACCGGAUCUUCAAGAAGGAGCUGGCGCUCGCCUUCCUCCUCCUCACCGCCGCCACGCGCAGCCUGCUGUCCGCGCAGGGGCUGCACUUCUACUUCCUGCUCUUUCAGGGAGUGACAUUCCUCGCUGUCGGCCUCGACCUCAUCGGCGAGCAGGUCAGCUAGUCGCCGCCAGACUAAAACUAGUGGCCGCUCGUCAAUGCAUGAGACGUCGAUCCAAGCCACAUGCAUAGUCCAGCCUCACAUGCAUGCGUGCAGGUGCAACCAUGGAAAGGGGACUCCGAUGGAUGGGUCGACAUGAUUACUUUUUAGCCUUUUUUUCCUAAUUUUUAUCCUUUUGAUAUUUUUUGUUCAGAGAUCAAAGAGUCUGUGUCGAACUGUUAUUCUGCGCUCUAGCUAGUGCGUUGUUGCUAGGGGAGGCAAGCAAGCAGGUUGUUCAUUACAUUCAGAUCAGUAGCCUUCUUGUAUUAUUUCCACAUUACAUUAUGAUCGAUAUGGUGUAACAGAUAUUACAUG